UGUACGUCGAUGACAUUUGUUGACGUAACAUAACCUCAAUUAUUUUAAAAUAAUAAAAACUUCUAAUGCCAUAGUUUUCGAUUAAAAAACAUUUCCAAAAUGAAAUUUAUCGUGAGUGGAGUCAUCUUACUCUAUUAUAUCAAUGUUGCUUCAUCCGACUUUACAGUGGAAGAUUGUUGGGCGUUAGGUCUCAACAAAGCUAAUUUACUCUGCUCUUCUUGCGACCAACUUCCUAAUUUCGAUUUAGACGUCUUGAAAGAUCAUUGCCGCGAAUGCUGUCAUCAAGAUGAAACCAUAAAAGAGGACAAGAAAUAUGCAAAAGCUGUUCUUGAGGUCUGUACUUGCAAAUUUGGAACCUAUGCUCAAAUCCAGGCAUUCAUAAAAAGUGACAGACCGAGUAAGUUCCCAAACCUACAGAUAAGGUACGUUAGAGGUUUGGAUCCCAUUAUCAAGUUAUUCGAUAAAGAUGGACAUCUUCAAGAGACAGUGGCUAUUGAAAAAUGGAACACGGAUUCUGUAGAAGAAUUUCUGAAUACUCAUUUGCUGAAGCCAGAGGAGUUAGAUAAUGAUUAUUUAAGAACAAACAUGAUUUAGUUUUAUUGUAAGUUGAAUCUUAUUGAUAAAAAAUUUUCAAAUAA